AUAUUAACAUACAAUCAAAUUAUUUUACUAUUACAUAACCAAUAAAAAAACAUAUUUAUCACAUUUCUCAAUACCCACUUUCCUUCUCACUUUCUUUCAUAAAACAACAUUUUCCUCCAAAUUUCUCUCACCUUCAAAUCUCCCAUCUCCUCUUAAUUUUCCUUCACCUCCCCUCCUUUUCCUCCCUUCCUUCCUUCCUUCGGAAACACAGGGUUAGACUUUGAGGACUUAAUUACUUUUUUUUUUUUUUGAAAAAAGGACUUAAUUACUGACGGUAGUGAAGUUCAGUGACCAAGAGGAGAAGUAUUCCUCUCCUUAAUAAUAGAAAAUGGAAAGGAAAAAGAGAGCGCCAAUAAAUGUGAUUAAGGAAUGGCCGCGUGGUUUCCCGUGACCUUUUUCUGUUUUUAAAGCCCCCCUACUCUCCCCCUUCUUUCCCUCUUCCUCUCUAAUUUCCUCUCAUUCCCUCUCUUCACCCUACUUCCCUCCACCGCCGUCGCCGUCGCCGUCGAAUUCAUUCUUCUAAUUCCUCAAUCUUUGUUUCCGAAGGUAAAUCACGCACUAUCUCUUUCUCGCAAUCACUGAUACAAUCUAGUUCGAUAUUUAGCAGAGAUGGUGGAUUGCGUUUCCAGUUCGAUUCAUAGCUAGAUUCGCGCUGUAUUGACUCUGUUCUCGGCGAUUGUUUUUAUUUUUUAUUUCAGGCGAGAUACAAGAGACCGGAGAUUCGUUCUCUUUCAAUAUUAUCCAUGGCGUUGUUGUCGAUCGGUGGCGCGAAUCCCGAAUCGACUAGUACAGCCGGCGCGUCUUCCGAGGAAUUACAGCAGCAGCAGAGGAGAAAACGGAGAAAAAUUGCGCACGAUUCCGAUUGCGCCUCCACCAGCGGCGGGGGCGGUGUCGGAGAGGAGAAACCAAGGAGAUGGAGGACGGAGGCGGAGCACCGGAUCUACUCCACGAAGCUGCUCGAAGCUCUGCGGAGCUCUCGACGGAGCAGCUCCGCCUCCUCCUCUGUCUCCGCCAACGGUACGCAGGUGAGAGACGCGGCGGAUAGAGUGCUGGCGGUCGCCGCUCGCGGCUCGACGCGGUGGAGCCGUGCGAUUCUCGCGAGUCGCCGGAGGCUAACCAGAGUCAGGAAGGUGAGGAGAGCGCGGGUGAUCGGCGAGGCGAGGUCGAUUGAUAGGCGGAAGCAGAAGUUGCUUGCGGCGGCGGCGGAGGUGGAGAGGAAAAAUAAAUCGUCAUCGCCGCAUCCUCCGCCGGCUGUGGAGAAGCGAAUCCGGACGCUGAGCCGGCUGGUUCCUGGCUGCCGUAAGGCGCCGUUGCCGAAUAUGUUGGAGGAAGUUGGGGAUUACAUCGCGGCGCUGGAGAUGCAGGUCAAGGCCAUGGCGGCCCUCGCCGAGAUUCUCGCCGCUGGCGGCGGCGGGGCUGCUCGGGGUCCGGAGGUUAGCGCCCAAUAAUAAUAAAAUGAUAAUCAUACCCCGGAAAUCCGCCGCCGCUCCGUGGAAUUAGCAAUAGCAGGUGUUUUAUUUAUAUUAUAGAUUAAACAGUUUUCCAUUCUGUUUUAUUUUCCCCCCAUUUUUCUGCAGCUUGUAUCCUCCUUUUUCUUGAUUAUUGGUUCUUCAUUCUGUACAUGUAGUAAUUCUUUUUCAUUUUGGUCCCUAUUUCUGUUCCAUUUUCCUCUUGCAUUGUUCCUCUUUGCAAUGCCAACUCAUAUAUCUUGUCAUUUGGUAUUAGAAAAAGGAGGCAAAUUUUUAACAAAUAAAUUAUUGGUAAUUUUGAUUAAAUUAAUCAAUGGGGAUUGGGGAGUGAGCAUUUCUGUGUUGGCAUGGGGGCAGGGUAAUGACUAAUGCGUUGGAGGGGCCUAAUCGUCCCUCCUUGUUUGUCUUAAAACUUAAUCAGGAAGGUAUUAUAAUUCUCAACCCCAAAGUCAUACAAGCCUCCAAAAAUGGCAAUCUCCAAAUAUGAAGUUACAUUAAAAGUUUGGAUGAGUGAAUCAUUUCAAGGUGAAAAGGUUUAUUAGGAUUAGAUUGCUUAUCGUAACUUGUUUGCCUUUUCACUAAUCCUCAUGUACACGUAGAUUCUGUCAAAUAUGUGAAAAGAGUUCGAAUGAAAUUUAAUAACAAAAAAAAAAAGAAUUUUUAGGCUGUAUACAUAAUUAUCCAGGGAUUGUAGUUCAAUAAGCCAGACCACCAGAGCACCGCCCCCUAUAAAGACGGAAGCUGCAGGUUCGAGCCCUGUCAGUCCCAACCUAGGAUCCGAUGAAUGCGUUUCUUUUGCUUGCCACAUACCGAAAUGUGAACUAAACAAAGAACAUGUGAACUAAGUCCAAGGGAUGAUCCUUGUGCCUUAGAGCCCUUCCUAGGGGAGUUGGGUUGUACAGUUUUGAAACUUCUUACUCUUCAUAAGCAAAUUAUCUGUCACGUUUCUAACACAUGAGGAAACUAAAAAUCUCUGAUAUCAAGGUAGCAAACGGAUUUCAAUAGUUGAUUAUUCUCCGCAUUCCUAAAUCUCAAAAUUGAUUAUUGUUUGUGCUCAUAAAAUGAAAUUUUUUGAUGAGACUGAAAUCACGAGAACUUUGAAUCGGUAUUUGGGCAUCACACAAGUCUUUUAUUGGAACCAUUAAAGCUUGGAGUGAUCCAACAUACCAAAUAAGGGGUGGAAAGUUUGGAAUGGAUUAUUUAAGGGGGAAAAACCCUAGAAUUAGCGAGGCAUGUAGGGUCCAAAGGUAAUUCACAAUAAGGCAAAAAAAGAGUGAAAGGGGCUCUCAAUUCAUUCAUCAGUCUGUCUAGUACUACCACUAGUCGUUAGUGAUUAGCACGACUGCACGAGCAGCGGCAGGGGAACACAACACAAAACACAACACCGCCUAACCCUUUGGCUUUGGCUUUGGGCCUCCUUUCUUCUCAAUCCCAUGUGCAAUUCCGGCCCUACCAAAUGCCGCGCUUCUCUUUCUCUUUGUCUAAAACCCCAAAAUGAAAAUGGCUCGCAUGUGCUUCCCUUCUGAAUUCCCAAUCCCCUCUCUUUCUCUUCUGUUCUGCUCUGUUCUUCACAAUGCACACUAUCUAUAGCUGCUGUCCCUUUGCUUUUACUUGAAUUUCCCUCCAAUUCCUUGCUCCCAUCUCUCUCUCUCUAGUUGAUUUUAAGCUAUGGGAUGGACGAGGAUGAAACUGAGUACCUUGUGAUCUACAGGAUGAUAGUAAUUAGUAAAUCCUUGUAGCUUAUAAUAUUUUUUUUUUUAUCAUUGUAGCUUAUAAUAUUUUUUUUAUUUGCUAAAUAACUAUACAUUUUAUUG